GCUGAUCGAUGCCUUGCUUAAACACCCGGCUGGGUGAUAUACCAAACCCAAAACCACCGUUCCAGUGUAACCUCAGAUUCUCAGCGGCCAGGCAGGCGCCGUCGUCGCCUGCCGUCUCGGGCUCGAUCGUUAUCGUUAAAACCCCCAGCGCUCCCAUGCAAAAACACGGCUGCAGCUACAGAUCGAACUACUACUAGCCCCAACAGCCCCUGCCUCCACACCACUCCUCUCUUCCCGCCCGUCUCGUCGCUGCUGCUUGCGAGUUGCAAACGACUCGACCAACCGUCCCACCGAUCGAUCGUGUCUUCUUCUUCGCCGGCCGGCGGCGGAGAGCGAGCUCUUGGUAGCGAGCUCCUGGUAGCGGCAGCCAUGGCGCACGGGAUCAUCGGGAGCCACCACAGCUCCAUGUUGGCGUCGCGGGUGGGCAUGGUCGCGCACGUGUUGUUCGUGACCACCGCCGUGCUCAUGCUCGUCUGGCUGCUGCACUACCGGGGCGGCAUCAACAUACAGUCCGAGGACCCCGAGCAGAUUUUCAAUGUUCAUCCAUUUGUGAUGUCCUGGGGGUUCAUUCUUCUGAUUGGAGAAGCAAUCCUGGCAUACUCGACGAUCCCUCCGCACAUAGACCACCGGACGCAGAAGAUGGCGCACAUGCUGAUCCACCUGGUGGGGCUCAUCCUGGGCAUCUUCGGCGUGUACGCGGCGUUCAAGUACCACGACGCGGCGGUGGCGCCGGACCUGACGAGCCUCCACUCGUGGCUCGGCAUCACCGCCAUCGCGCUCUUCGGCCUGCAGUGGCUGUUCGGCUUCGUCACCUUCUGGCUGCCCGGCGCGCACACGGACACCCGCGCCGCGGCGGCCCCCGCGCACAUCAUGGCCGGGCUCACCAUCUUCAUGCUCGCCGUGUGCGCGGCGCAGACGGGGCUCGUGGAGAAGAGCGCCGCGGCCGCAUCGACCGCCGAGAUGAAGCUCAUCAAUGUCACGGGGAUCUUCAUCCUCCUCUACGGGGUCGCCGUCGCGUCAACUGUCGCGCUGCGCAGGGCGUUCUUGUAGGCGGCGGCGCGUCUUUAUUUGCAUUGCCCGCGCGCGUUUCGCCGUUUGACGUGACACGGUUGGUGUUUCACCUGUACAUGCGGGAGAUGGUUUGGGUGGUAUGCUGGUGAUGUUGUGCGGCUACGACAUGCAACAUUUGUAUUCAGUGUCUUCAUCUUUUUUCUUCAACAAAAAAAAACAUUUGAAUUUGUCA